UGGCGGCAAUUCGCCUUUGACGUAAAGUCAGACCUCAGCCUGGUUCCUGCUUGUUCUCUCCCCCUCACACACUUCAAAGUAAACGUUUUCACCCUGAUAGAACUCCAGAAAAACCAACACUUGAGCACCAGGGAGACUUCCCUCCUCGCUGUAUUGUAGCUCAACUAUCAUGGCUGGUUGCACCUCCGAGACUGUGCACAACAUUUUUCAAAGCAUGGAGUACGGACCAGCAGCAUGUUCCAGCACUGCCACUGCUCAGGCCUGGCUGGACCACCAUUCCCGCUCUCUGGGCCUGUUCAUCGACGGCAGGUUCGUCCUACCGGCAGACGGACGGACUCGCCCCUUCGCUGAUUCUAAAGAGGGCAUCGUGUGCAGCACGGCGUGCGCCGCAGAGGACGACGUCUCCCAGUGUGCCGCCUCGGCCCUUAAGGGCCACAAGGCCUGGGGGGCCCUGAGCUGCUACCAGAGGGCCAAAGUGCUGCUCAGGUCGGCGAGCGCUCUGGGGCAGCACGGCCUGUGCGUGUCGGAGCUGUGCGAGCUGUGCGAGGCCUCCUGCGCGCCAUCCAGCCUCGUCCGACUGCUGCAGUACUACAGCAGCUGGGCCCAGCUCAGAGACACCCUCAUCGCCGACUGGACGCCACUCGGAGUGGUGGCAGUGGUCUCCUCUGAUGACUGCUCUCUCUAUUCCCUCAUGCUCAAAGUCCUACCAGCACUGGCCAUGGGCAACUCCCUCAUCGUUGUCCCUGGUCAGAGCAGCGCCCCCCCAGUGCUCCUAUUGGCACAUCUUUUCAUGGGCGCGGGACUUCCUGCCGGGGCUCUUAAUGUCCUAACAGGAAGUGGCAUGCAGUUGGGUGCCAAAGUGGCCCAGAACGCCAGCGUCAGCUACGUCAGCUACAGCGGCAACAGGCCGGACGCCGUGUUGCUGUGCAAGGCCACAGCGGGAAUGGGCGUUCCCGUCUCCGUCUCCCCAAACAUCGGCGCCAGGUGUCCCUUCAUCAUUUUCGAGUCAGCAGACAUGGACAGCGCAGUGGACGCGGUGAUAGAGGCGGCCUUCAAGAAGAAGAGAGAGGUCCACUGGGUGUUGUGCGUGCAGGAGAGCGUGCUGGACAGCGUCGUGGGCCGCCUCGGCCACCGCAUGGCGGGGAUGAAGUGUGUGUCCCUGCAGAGUGUCGGGGACCGGAGCCUGGUGGACGCCGCGGUACAGGGCGCCCAGCAGCAGGGGGCCACGCUGGUCCAGUCAUGCGCCGCUCCCCCAUCAAGUGCCCAGUAUCCUCCCACGGUGCUCUGUGGGGCGGCCCCCUCCUCUCCUUUUGUGGUGGACCCCUCUCCCGGACCACUGCUGCCUCUCAUGACCUUCAGAAGCAACACAGAAGCAGUGGCUCUCGGGAACCACAGUCCUCACGGGCAGGCAGCCUCCAUCUGGACAGAAGACCUCACGUUGGCCUUGGAGACAGCUAAGAGUCUGUCAGUAGGCUCCGUGUGGGUGAAUUCCCACUCGGUGUGUGACCCCUGUCUGCCCGUCUCUGGUCACAAAGACAGCGGCACCUGCACUGAUGGAGGACAGCAGGGUCUGUACCAGUUUCUACGCCCGUCCUCUUCCUCCCACGCUCCUCUUCCUCGAUCCUCCCCUGUCUGCAUGGACUAUUUAAAGUUUGGAACAACCGCAUCCCCACCUAUCAUUCCCGAGGACUCAGACCCUGCCGGAGCUCCAAAGGUCUACCUGCAGUUUGUUGGCGGUAAGGCGUGCAAGUCGGUGUCUGGCUGCAGUGUGGCUGUGCAGUCACCAGGGGGCGGCGGGGUGUUGGCCCACUGCCCCGAUGGAGGCCGAAAAGAUGUCCGGAACGCUGUGGAGGCUGCCGUCAAAGUCCAGCCUGGCUGGAUGAAAAAGAGUCCGUCUGCACGCGCUCAGUCCCUCUACUCUCUGGCCAAGGGCCUAGAGGCAAAGAGGCGGGACAUAGCUGUGUCAAUCAAUGUUCAGACCGGCCUCUCAAUGGACGAGGCUGAUAAGGAGGUGGAGCUCAGCAUCGCCAGGCUCAGUGAUUGGGCGGCUUACUGUGACAAAGUCCAGGGAGGAACUCCACCCCUGCCACAGUCUGGCUCUGCUCUCUCCCUCCCCGAGGCCCUAGGAGUCGUGGGGAUCAUCCUCCCAGACAACAGUCCCCUUCUCUCUAUGGUGACACUUCUCGGGGCAGCCGUCGGCAACGGCAACGCUGUCGUCAUGGUCCCCAGUGAGGAGAAUCCACUACCAGCCCUGGCAUUCGUUCAGGUGCUGCAGUCUUCAGACCUGCCAGCAGGAUUGGUGAACAUCAUUUCGGGAAGCAGAGACCAGAUGACGGUGGCUCUGGCCAAUCACAGCGUCAUCAAGGCCAUCUGGUACUGGGGCAGUGCUGAGGGCUGUCAGUACCUCCAGCACACCUGCACCAGCCCCAUGAAAACCCUGCACCUGUCCUGUCCAAAGGAGGAUGGAGGGAAGGACUGGACUCAUCCCUCCAUCCUGGAGGACAUGUGGAGAAGUGCCGUCCAGUGGAAGAGUGUCUGGAUUCCUACUGCAUGAAAAGACAAGAGGGAGGAAGAAUGAAGGAGGAAGAUUUCCACCGUUUUAACAUCAGCCUUCAGAAUUAAAGUGUGAACUGUAAGAUGUAGAUUUGAGAGGAAAGAUCAAAAGGUGUACUAUGACCAUGAAAGUAUGUCAAGAUGUCAGUGAGGCAAGAACUAAAAGGAAAUGUUAUUGACUGCCCAGCAAAAUGUCACUUAAGUUUGCUUAUUUGUGUUUUCAUGGUUUUCUACUGUUUCUUAUUCAUAUUCUUUUUAAAUCACGUGAGUGAAGUUCUAUGACGUGAAUACAAGCCGCCAGCAAAAGGUCCACCGUAAUCGGCGAAAUCAAAGAAUAACAUGCUUUAAAUGUUAUGACCAAGGACAUUUGACAGUCAUCCGCUUCUCAGGUAUUUUCAGCUUUAUUUAGAGCUGCAUCAGCAAAACUGUUUGAGAACAAACUCAUUGGUCGCGUUAGAAUAUUUCACUGAAAUGUGACGGUACACCUCUUUUUUGAGCGUUUUCAAUCAAAUAUGAAGGACGUCUGCACAGGUUUAUCAAGUUAAUCUCAUCAUCGCUGGUUUACUGUUUUGACAGAAUGUAAAGAAAUGAAUCUACAACCUGAAAUAACAUCUACCUUAAAAUUCUGUCAGUGACUCAAAAAAAAGACACUCUAAAUCUACUAGUCAUGUGUACUGAACUACGUACCUUUGUCACUUUAAUUUUACUGUGACCUUAUUCUCUGUGGAAGCAAACAUUCCCUCUAAAAACUGUACAGUGUCAAAGGUCACACUGUGUUGUGUUUCCAGGGAAUGGCUCUGUGGUGUCUCACUGUAUACAAACAUGAUUAAAGAUUCACUUUUUCUAUCUGUGAA